AUGGAGGGAAGACUGUCAACAAGAUACAAGACAGGAGAGAUGUAUGAUUACCUCAAAGGCGCUCUGUCUCAAGUUCCUUGGGCUAGAGUAAUCUGGUUUUCUUAUGGAGUCCCAAGGCAUAGCUUCCUCUCCUGGCUUGUCUUGCUCGAUCGAUGCCCUACACGAGAUAGGUUGAACAGAUGGGGAUUAAAUGUCGAUCCUUUAUGCUUACUUUGCAAUACUGUCGCAGAGACAAGAAACCACCUUUUCUUUGAGUGUAGCUUCAGCGCAUCUGUCUGGUCUACCAUCGCUCACCGUUGUCAACUUCAGGCGCUCACUUCAUGGGAAGACACCCUUUGUCAGCUUCAAGCUCUGCCAAGGAACCGUGACUCGUUGCGACUCACGCUGUUAGGGUUUCAGGCGACUGUCUACUGGCUCUGGAAUGAGCGCAACACUCGGCUUCAUCAACAACUCUUCAAAUCUCCGGAAACCAUCAUCUCGACGAUCGAUAAGCAGCUUAGGAACAAGCUCCAGAGUUUUCGACAUGCAAACCCAAGAGCUUCUUCGGCGAUGAUGCAACUCUGGUUUCUCCACUCCUGA